AUGUCUGCCACCACAAAGGAAACCCUCGCUCGCGUGCAGCGCAUGAUUCCACCGAUGCUGGAUCACUUCCACAAGGGACAGCUCGGCCGCAUCGGCGUCCUGGGAGGCAGCGAAGACUAUACUGGCGCGCCGUAUUUCUCGGCCAUGGCCAGCGCACGAUUAGGAUGUGAUAUGUCUCACGUCAUUUGCACACCGGCUGCCGCCGCCGUCAUCAAGACCUACUCGCCUAACCUCAUGAAGAACGCCGAGACAGACCCGGAACGGAUUGCUUUAAGCGUGGCCGAUAUGUUGCCUCGACUCCACGUGCUCGUCAUCGGACCGGGUCUCGGCCGCGAUCCGCUGAUGCAGGCAACAGUGGCACGAGUCGUACGUGCCGCGCGCGAGCGGGACCUUCCCAUCAUCCUGGAUGCUGACGCGCUUCUGGUGGUGCAAAAGGAUCCUAGCCUCGUGCGUGGUUAUGGGAAGGCAGUGCUGACGCCCAACGUAGUCGAGUUCUCACGGCUGUGUAAAGCACUCGGUGUCGAUGAGGACAAAGUCACAUCUGAAGGCGGCGAGACUGGCAAGGUGGAGGCUCUGGCCCGGGAACUUGAUGGCGUGACCAUCAUCCAGAAGGGAGGCAACGAUUAUAUCUCGAACGGCAAGACAACGCUCGUCGUUGAUCUCCAAGGUGGUAAGAAGCGCAGUGGCGGACAAGGCGAUACAUUAACAGGGGCUAUCGCUACGUUUCUGGGGUGGAGGCACGCAUAUCUUGAAGGCCUUUGGGAUCGAGGCGAUGCUACGCUGGCUGAGGACGAGCUGGUCGGACUUGCAGCAUUUGGAGGAAGUGCAAUCACCAGAGAAUGCUCGCGACGAGCCUUUGCAAAGAAGGGACGGAGCCUACAGGCGAGCGAUCUUACCGAUGAAGUCCACAACGCUUUCAUGUACUUGUUUGGCGACGUCGAUGGCGACGCGGAGGCCUACAAGCUAUGA